AGUAAAAAUAAAACGCAACAAUAACAAUACCAUGUGUCAAAAGCAUUUUGUGUAGUUUUUUGUUGUUUCUUUUGUAAAUCUGAAUAUACUUUAACUUCUUUUUCUUAAAAUAAACUACUUUCAUAAUGUCCUUGAAUCCAGUAAAUGAAUUGAAACGACAUUUAGAUGAUCAUGAUAUACCUCUGCCAAAACGAUUAUGUUUGGCGAAGAAUGUCAUCCAGUCCUAUCACUUACCAUCUGCACCCAAAGAACGGAUAGUAGCCACUUGGUUGGAGACUUUGACACAGAGAAAUGAACUGUCUGGUGAGGAUUUAAAAAGUGUAAUAGGCUGGGUCAACAUUGCUGAUGAUUUGACAAAUGAUUUGAAAGGCAAAUUAAUACAGAUUAUCUCACAAUAUCUAAAGAGAAAUCCAUUGCAAAGUGGGGAUCUACCGUGCAUGAUCUCAUUUUUGGAAAACUCAAAACUUUUAACACAACUUAGUCUUAAUAUUGCUGAAAGUUUACACAUAUGUGUCACUUUAUUGCAAUAUUUAAAAAGGGACGAGUCAUCAGACAGUCAGCUUGCUCAUAAACUACUGAAUAUCAUAGUUAAAUUUUAUAAGGAAUCAAAGAAAAAGCUAGAAUUUAUAAUAAAUUUUUUGGAUGGAGAAAAUUUGGAGACCGUGUUAAGCUAUUUAGAUACUGAUUAUGUCACAGUUAAGUAUGUAUGUGAAAAUAUUCUGUUUCCUAUGAAUAAAAAGUCUUUCUUUGCCAAUUACCUCCAAACUCUGGUUAGGAAAGAUAAUUUGGAUGAUUUGAUUUCUGAAAAAGGAGACAAUAUUAGAGCAGUAUUGAAAAUCAUGGAUACAUUUUUCAACUUUCCUCAAGGAAGAAAUGACGUUGAACACAAGUUUCUUUCUGAUUUCAUUGAAGUGUUUGUCAGUUGUUACCGAACUGAAAGUCAACUUAUAUUUGCAUUCUAUGUGAUGAUUGCUAACUGCCUUAAUAUGGAGCAAAACUAUUUAACACCAGCUAUGAAUAUGAAACCAAUAACAUUCCCCGAGAACGAUGAGAAAAUAAUAAGAAGUUUAUUCCUAUCAAUGCUCAAUACACUAUUAAACAAUGAAAUUGAUACAAGUGUAAGAUUGAGUGAUACUCUAGGUGUUAAGAUACCAAGAGUUGAAACAAAGAAAACAUUUUUAUUGUUUCUGGAAACUGUAAUGAUGGGACAAUUGAAAAUGGAAGGAAAAGCUGACAAAACUACUUUUAACAUAGUGAAAUCUGCUCUGAAACUAGACCCAAGUUUGGUUGAGCCAAAAACAGAUGACAUUUUGCCACCCCUUAUGUGUGUAAAGAAAACUACAAAUAGCAUAGAAUCAUACACACAAAUGUUGAAUUUUACAUUAGAAACUUAUUUUAAACUUGGCAGAGGUACACUAUUCGUAAAUAAUAUUUUACCAUUGGUUAAAAACUGCCUGUCUGCCAACAAUAAUGAAGAUGCACAGGUUUGUGAGAAAAAUAAAAAGAAAACUUUAUCUGCCAAUGAAAUAUUUCCUGAAGAAACUGUGGAGCUGUACGGGAGGUUGACUUCCGAACUAAUGUUCAGACAAAACAAAGAUUUACUUGUGUCUUUACAAAAGGGCUUUGAAGAACUCAGCUUGAAUGCUUUAUGUGAAGGACAAAGAAAUCCACCAACAGUUAUAUUAACAGAAGUCAUGUCGGCCAUUUUGUCUACCUUCUUCAAGCAUUGCAAGAUGGCGGAUCAUACAGUGCCACUACAAAUUGCAGAAGAAUUCUGGUCAUCCUACAAUGAAUUUGAGUGUAAUUGUUUAAAGAAAUUUGGUGAGAGUAUAAUCAAAACAGAAAUGGACUGUGAGCCACAGUUACUACGGGCAUUCUUAAAAUUGUGUUGCAAUUUUUCUUAUCUGAGACUUCUCAAAGUUAAAUAUAGCAACACCAAAUUGGAAAUUUCUGAAAUUGAUAAUACAUCGGGUGUUUUUGACGUAUCUGUGCUACUGCCUUCCUUGAAAACUGAGCAAUGGACGCAGUUGGCUUCGAAAAUUACUGAUGACGAAGCUACUUUACUAAUGGAUGAAAUUCUACUCAUCAAAACAAUGGUCAUAAAAGUUUUAACAAGCGGAAACUCUGAAAGCAACGAAGCUGCAAUAUCAGAGACCAAAUCUUAUCUAAUCAAGCAACUGAAUAACUAUCCUGGUGUUCUCAAAUCUAAUAACCACAUACCAAAUGUUCUAUUAUCCGAUUUAGACAAAAGUCAAAUAAAACAAGUUGCUAAAGUUGUGAUCGAACAGUUUUUGAUAGACUCCGAUGAAAAUAUACUAAAAACCGAUGCUGUAAUCAAUAACAGACCUCUAUUAAGUGCACUUUUAUUAGAAACAAUCAAAAAUAUCCUCAAGUGUUUCAAUAAUUCGGAACUCUUAACUAAAGCUGUGGCCAAAUCGAAUUUUGAUUUUAUAUCAUUUGCAAAAGAUAUCGAUAUGAAAGAUUUUUUCAAAGACCUGACAUUCAAUGAAGACGCAGAUGUCAAUAAUGUGCCUUGUCAUGUUGAACUUUUAAAACACUUACAAAUCUACUAUUUGGAAGAAACUCACCAGUUAAUCGCCAUUUUUGUGUUGCUAGCAAUAAAAAAGAACGCUCAGAAAAAACUUAGACGCAACAUAGAUCGUAUUUUAUUAAGCAUAUUCGAACUUUGCUCCCAACCUCCGGAUUUGUACAAAAUAUUCCCUGUGCAAUUCAUAUUUUCAUUCAAAGACAGACUAUUGAUAGAUUUACUGUGUCUGAAAAUAGAAACUUCAAACAGUUUUCUACCAAUCAAAUGUUUAUUAGAAUCGGCUGUAAAGAGAGUGAAAAUUGAAAAAGAUCUCGUAUUGAGUAUCGCGGAAUUGUUGUUGAGAAAGCAGUCUAAAGUUAACAUGACAAGUAUAGAGUUUUUCAAUGAGCCAGCAUUUCAAAUGAGUUGCAUUAUUCUGCCAUUAAUAGUCAGGCAAAAGAAAGUCAUAACGCUUAGUGCUUAUAGAUCAAUUUUGGCAGAUUUACAAGAGAAAUUGCAUAAAUCUCUGCUUGAAUGUUUCAAAAAUAUAAACUUUAAAGAAUAUAGCAGCAUGCUCAUUGAUGAAACUGGCAAUACCGAUGAAUCGACGGUAGUUUCCGACAGUACUACGGCAACACUGAACGCUAUAUCGGCUUACUCCCUGACGUUAUCGAAAUACAGUGAGUCGACUGAUUCGGAGGAAUUAAAGAAUUUGGAUUGUUUAUGGUCUGGAUUGGAAUACUUCGUACAAAAUGCUGUGAUUUCGAUACAAAAUUCUGAAACGAAACAUCAACAUGUCGAAUCUUCUAUUCAACUUCUGAACACUGUGUUGAGAUACAUAAAGAAACUAGCAACCCAUGAGAUAUUCCAGACCAAAGACAAACUCUUCAUCCAGAUCUGGAAUAGCGUUAAGGCGCGAUUGUCUAUGAUACUAGAUGAAAGGCACAAGAAGAAAUAUAUGAUGAAUGCUAGUCUUUUAGAAGAUAUAUCUGUUACUAUAAAGUUUUUGUGCGAAUGGAUUUCUGUCGAAGGAUUCGUCGGACAUUUUGUCGCAGAUCUCAAUACUUUAUCAUCUUUACAGCCUCCAAAAAUCUUUAAAAAUGAAACACAAUCACAUUCGCCUUUGACUUCGCAUAUAGUAGCGAAAUAUCUAUGGACUCAAAUUUUAAAAGCUAACAUAGUUGGCCAAAAGUGUGUUGCCCUAUCGAAAUUAAUGUACCAAAAUAGUAGAAAUCUCAAAAGUUACGUUCACGAACAUUUUGAAAGUGAACACACUGGUGUUAUUAUAAAGAGUAAGAAAAAAAAGUUGUCUGUUGAAAUACAAGAUGAAAAUGGUGAAGAUAAGGAGAUUAGAAUUGUGUUGGUCGAUGAUGUAGUCUGUGAAAUGGUGAAGACUUGCUUGGGAUCGCUGUCGGAAGCCAUUUUGGCAGCUAAAAAGAUAAACUUGGACUACAAAUUUUUGGAUGUCAUAUUUGAAGUGCAGAAUUCCGUGCACUACAUAUUGGGUCAUAAUACAAUAGGAGCAAAGUGCGAAAUCUCCUGGCAGGCUUUCUUCAAGCUUUUCGAAGGAUUGAUAGCUGUAUUGAACAGUUUAUUGGUUUCUAGAGAAGAAUUACUCGAAGAUAGAUGGCCGUGCUACAUGCAAUGUUAUAGAAUGUUGACAUACUGCUUGUGUAGUAAAUCUUCGUCGCAAGCUCAGCUUGAACGCAGUAUAGAAGACAAAUUGGGAGAAUUGGCACAUUCCGUAGAGAAGCUAACCCAAUCCAUAUGCAAGAGGAAAUCCCACGUAUCCCGUAUCGCUGCAUACUCAGUAGGGGAUCUAUGUUCAGUAUUAGAAAAGACAGUUCCUUCAAGAAAUGUAAGACAACAUAUAGAAAAUUCAAUAGCUUUAUUAAUACAGGCUUCUGACACGGUCCAUGCUAUGGCUUUCUUGAGAAGAGCUUUGGCCGGUUCAGCUGGACAAAUGACAAUGACAAACAUGUAUACUAUGUAUAAGAGAUAUCAUAAAUAUGUUGGGAACGCUUAGACACCAUAGACUAAAGUAAGGGAUUAGGGAUAUUGGUGUCGAUUCUGGCAUGAUUCUCUUAAACUAAAUUUAAUAUGAGUCUGUCCUUUUCAUUCUGUAUAGAGAAUAACAAGGAUACACUGCUGUCGAUUCUGGCAUGAUUCUCGAAACUUAAAACUAAAUUUUACAUCAGUCUCUCUUUUUCAUUCUGUAUAGAGAAUGACAAGGAUACACUGGUUUC